AUGGCCACUGGGCAGUCUUUAUCGGAUGAGAAGUUGUUGACGUGCAUUGACGGGGCCUUGAAGAGCGACGCCUUCCCCAAGUUCGCCGUGACGGAGAGUUCGGAUGACAAACCCGGCGCCGUGCUCGACAUCCUGAACACCAGCGAUGUUGAUGCGUAUAGGUUUUGGGAGAGCAUCUCAAAGGAGACGUCCAAGACGGAGGUCCCUGCGCUACCCGAAGCGAUCGAGACAACUCCGACGGAGGGCCAGACGCCGCCUGUCACGGAGUCGCAACCGAAGGAGCCUGCUUCGUCUGCGCAUUAUCCACCCAAACGUAGAAAUGCGAGUCAACAGGAGAUAUGGGACGUCGAUGACGAGUAUCACGAUGACGAAGAUCCGGGCUAUCGAAUCCGGGAGAUUUACGAGGCAGAGCUGCUUGCCGAGCUCUCACAGAAGCUGGGCUCAACGAAGUCAGAGACUCCUGCAGCCGAUGAACUGACAUCAGCUGCUGCAGCCGAGCAAGGUGAUGCCCCAGCUGAGACGGCAGCCAAUCCUCAGUCCCCAGAGCCAGGCUCUGAUUCCGGUGAGAAGGCAGGAGAGGAUGCGGUCAGCGAGGCCUUGGGUGCCACUCCGCAAGGAGGUUCCGAGAGAGAGCCACGCUCUGCGUCACCUACAUUUGGCGGCGCACCUCCUGACGAUGCCGCGGAGGACACUGCAGUCAGCGGACCCCCUGAUGCGGAAGGAGAAGGAAGUCCGCUGAAUUCUGGCACGCCUCGUACCGAUGUGCUAUUGAAGCCUGUCAAGUCACACGAUUCAGGGCCAUGA